AUGGCCUCCGCUAGCCGUCUCGGAGCAGAGGGCGCCAUACGUGCCGAUGCUCCAUCCUCACGACGCUCCAUCUCGAGCCAAGCUGCCUCCGCAUCCCGCGCUCUCACCUCGGUCGCGUCCGCUUCGAUCUCGACACCAUAUGCCGGGCUCUCCUCUUCGGCGUCUUCCUCCUCCUCUUUAUCCACGCCCAAACGCCGCCCCCUCGCAUCUUCCUCUCAAAACUCGUUUUCGCGCUACAGCAACCCUUCUCCUCCCACCCGUACGCAUACGAACGACGCUCGCGCACCGUACCUCGCAAGACGCAGCGGCAGCACCAGCUCGGCUGGCGAUGUCCACUCUACCGAGCCCGCCGUACACUCUGUUGCUAGCACGAGUCGCGUCUCCAGCGACACUGCUCCCAAUCAUCCUAGCCGACCAUAUGAUGACUCGGCCGUUCGCAGGCAUCGCGUGCCUUCCCGUGUCCACGCCGAGCGCAGCUCUAGAAACCAGCGUCGUCGCUCAGCCGAGAGUUUGCGUUUGGAUCUAGAUGGCCUCGAUCUAGGAGAUAGGCCAGCCUUCGGCUCAUCUUUCGACAAUGAAGGCAGCCUUCCUCACCUUCGUCCUCGCUCCAACUAUGCUAAGCCAACUUCGACGCCGUACAAGCCUCCAAACCGCAACUACAAUGGCGUCGACGUCGCUCCCGAUCAGUUUUGUACUUCUUGCGCCUCAGGACACCCGUCCCGCGACGCGCUCAACGGCAUCGAAGACAGCUUUUCGCUCCAUCUCCGCGAAGAGUGUUCUGAAUACCGCGAGAUCAUGUCGUCUCAGGCUGUCCUCAACGCUGCCAUCGACAAGGAGCACCGCACGCACACAACUCUUGACUCUGCAGACAAGCAUCGCCCGCGAGGCUACUCGAUCACGCACGGUCAGGUCCUCGGUGGGUUUGCAAGUCUUGGCCUGCAGACAGAGUCGACUCCCGCGCUGCCCGCGCCUGUUCGCCAACAACCCGCCCGUACCAUCACCAAAGGCUCCACCGACUCAUCUGAAGCUCCCGACACCCCCAUCGAAUGGAGGGACAGCUUCGGCUCGUUCGACACCGCGCCCGCCGCCCCCACCUCGUCUUCUCCAAAGUGGGCUCAUCUUGCCGCUCGACCCUGCAAUCCGCUCGAGCCACUCGAUGUGCUCUCCAUCGAAGAGAUGGGUCUCCACGGUCUCGAUAUCGGCAGUCUCAACGACUGGGAGGGAUGCAAACUGUCCGCCCAGAUCAUGUGCCCCAUCAAUGGACAUCAACGCAUCGAAUGGUCCAUUGCCCAGACCACUCGCAGAAACAAGAAGUGGGUCGUAGUCCCCAACGCUACCGUCACUUGUGGCGUCACCGAGUCGUUUUCUGCAGCCCAGCAGGCGGAGAGAACGAUUGUCGUUAGCCAUCGAUCGCUCUGGCUCGACGAGGGCGAAGCGAGCUCCGCACCAUCUCAGCAGGCUCAGUCGCCUUCCAAGCCAGCCUCUGGAGCUAAGGCCACUUCUCAUCGCAGCUCCAUGCCCUUUUCCGGCAAGGCUGGGUUCGAAUUGAGCCUGCUUCGUCCCACAGCCAGCCGAAUUUGUCCUCCUGUCUACUUGGCCAACGCCUCGACGCAUCGCUACCUGUACCAACACAACCGCGAAGUGGACCCAGAAUCCAUGCGUAUCCAUGCUAGCGAACUUCCCGACGCCGCCGAGGAGCCUUUCAGCACCAGGGUCGCGCCGCCGUCAAACUAUCCCGUGCCUCGACGUUCCCGAUCGCGGCCUUACAUGCGCAAACCCCAAGCUCAGCUGCGUCGUUCGCGCUCCAAGCCCCAUCUGCAUACCCCGACUCAGCGACAAGCAGCAAAGCCAGCAGCGGCCGGCGUCAACCCAGAACUUUUUGCGCCUUCUCUGCCCGGCGACCCUCUACUGCGAACUCAACCGGGAGAAUCGUGGCCAUCGGCAAGACCGCGCCGAUCGCAUUCGCUGUCGUCGUUCGACUCUGCUUCGGGCAGCGACACAUCCUCCGACGACGGCGGCUUUUCGGCGACCAACACGCGCGAGUCGAUCAUGGACACCAUGUCUUCGGCCUCUUACGACCAGCCCACUGGCAAGCUGAACGAGUGCCCGCGUUCGGCGGCCAUUCCGAUGGCGGCUGGAGGCGCACAUGCGGAUCGUGCGGCUCUUCGCAGCCUUUCGCCGGGCUCCUCGGCGGCCAGCCGUGGAGCGAGCUCCACCUUGGAGACUUCGACCGGUCUGGCAGGAUGGCAGCCGGUCAGCCUCGAGCAGCAACGCGCAAGGAAGCACGAGAGUGACAGCACCUCUUACGAGGUAGACUCUUGGCUAGGCACUUCGCCCACCACCGCAUCGGCUUCGUCGCUAAGCGCCAGCAGCAAGAAGAGUCGCAGCCGUAAAGGGUUCCAGAAGGCGAUGCAGAAGAAGGACAAGAUGCUCAGCUCGUGGUUCAAGCGCAAGCCUGAAAACGGUUCCACGCCGACUUCCGUCUCUCCCGUGACGGAGAACGAAAAGGCACAGCUGAGCGUCCCUGCCGUCAGCGCAAUCAGCGCAAUCAGCGCGAUCGGUAGCAGCAGAAAGGUUAGCCUCGCAAAAGAAGGCGCCAACAAUGCUGCCCCGAGCGGCGCGAUUACCGGAGCGAUUCCUCUCACCGAAACCGCGCUGGAAAGCUUCCAAAGGGCCAUUUUCCGGCCCAUUUCGCCUGAAUCGACCAUCAUGGGCUCGAGAAGGGGCUCGGAGGCACUGACGCAAAGGACGGCCGAGCCGGCUAACAAUGUGAUGGACCGCCAAGCUCAGCUGAAUGCGUACGGCGGCACGAUGCGACUGAAUAGCGAUGCUGCGGCGCAGGACUGCACAGAUGGGUUCGACAACCGCUCAGCUGUAAACUCGACACUCUCCCAGGUGUACGGAUGGGGCGAUCAACAGUCUGCUGGCCGGCUGUUGCAGCCUGCUGCCAGUGUCGCAACGCAGACACCCAUGUCGCUCGAAGAUCCGGACGAGGAGAAUGCGCUGUUGGGACUCGAGGCGGUUCCUUCGGGCGCGCUGACGAUGCUGAUCCCAUUGCCGCUGAUUGGCAGGAGAGGAGCUGGCGACACAUUGGCCUACAUGCGCGUCAACUUUGUUCCUUUCGGAAACUCUUCGGGUGGAUCCGAAGCGGCACCAGGUGCGGGUCAGACGGGUCUGCAGCUUGGUGGAUCGCCUGACGCUGAGAGUGGAUCUGCUCUUCCGCAGAGCACGAGCAGUGGGAGCAACCAACUGGUCGAGCGUUCUUCGGCUGCCAAGUCGUCGGAGCAGUCUAGCUGGAAGCGCAAGUUGGGCCUGUCUAGUAAUCGCACAGGGGGCGGCGUGGGCCAGAGCAUGGGCGCACCCAUCGGCCAGGCGUCGCAAGGCUCGCAAGCAGACCCGGAGGUGUCGCAAAAGUCACCGCAGCUCAUGUCCAACGGAUUCGAGCCGUUCCGUGUCACGGCGAUUGUUCUGGAUGCACCCUGGGCGUCGAGGAGCACGACGGGGUGGGACCCGCGCCUGCCCGAGCCGGGCACGUUCCCCGUGGUGUUGGGCUACUGCAACGAUUCCAAAGGGCUCGAGAUGGUGCCCGAAGGGUGGGGUGCUUUGCGUCUGGCUGGUGUGCCGCUGCCGACCAAGCCGGACGGCUCUCCUCUGGAUGGCAUGCAUCCGUUGCAUGGCGUGAUGGACAUGAUCAUCGCAGCUUGUACUGCUGUCAUGGAUGUCUGA